CAUCUCUUCUCUUUAAUGCAAAGAAAAGAGGUUAAUAAAAUCAUGAAAGUUCUUACCUUAAUCCUCACAUUUUCUAUAAUUGUUGUUUUGUCUCGUGCAACACCAACAUUGUUCACUCGGCUUGAACCUCAAAUAAACCAAUUUUCGGCGCUUGACGCUACCAAGCCACAAAAUUUGGAUGAACAAAAUUGCAAAUACAGAUCUACUAUAAAGACAAGUUGCCUUUCUCCAAUUCAUACAAAUGACAUAAUCACUCUUUCAUUUGGAGACGCUACACACGAUGGGACGAUUGAUGUUGAGAAUCUGGGUGGUCCUCAGAAUAAGAGGUUAGAGGCUUGCGUGACAGUUGAAUUGGGCUUAGAGGGACCUUGUCGCGACAAAAUCUGCAAAGUGUUGAUAUCUAGAAGUGGGCCCCAUAGUUCGGUACCAAAGUUUGAUGAUGAUAGUUGGAUAGCAGAGUAUGUGACCAUAGAGGACUAUAAGAACCCUCCUAUCAGAUUUGACUUCAAACCUAAGGAUAUUAUUAUUCCUGAUGAUGGUUAUGGAUAUGGCCUCGACUAUUGUCCUAAAGAUUAGGGUUAAUUAAAUUAGUGUGUUAUCCUGCGUCGCAAAUAUAUAAAUUACUAUUUUCAAAA